AUGGCGGCCAUCACAGGAGAAGAUGGCAAGGUCUUGCAAGACAAGAUCAGCCCAAGCAGCCAAAAUCUAAGCACAUCUCAGCUCGAGGAUGGUAGAUUGGAAAAGAAUAUUGAUGACACCGAAGUGAAGCACCCCAGACAUGGCCUCCCAGCGUGGAAGUGGGCUUUGACCUGCGUAGGCCUCUAUUUGGGGGCUUUGCUCUACGGCCUCGACACAACAAUUGCAGCUGACGUUCAAGGUUCAGUUUACGAAGCACUCGGUGAGAUCCAGAACCUGCAAUGGGUCGGGCUUGGCUUUCCAAUGGCGUCCGUUGCCGUAGUCCUCUUGAUGGGCCGACUGUACAGUAUAUUUGACAUCAAAUGGCUCAUCAUAAUAACCACCGCCAUCUUUGAGGUCGGAAGUGCCAUUUGCGGCGCCGCUCCAACCUCAGAUGCUCUUACCGUUGGCAGGGUCAUUGCCGGAAUCGGUGGAUCUGGCAUGUACCUUGGAUGUUUGAGUUACUUCUCAGUCUUUACAACCAACAAAGAGGCUAGUCUAUAUAAUGCAGGCAUUGGUCUCGCAUGGGGGUUCGGUUCAAUUCUCGGACCUGUCAUAGGUGGUGCCUUUUCGGACAGUAGUGCAACAUGGCGUUGGGCCUUUUACAUCAAUCUCCCCCUUGCUGCUCUUAUGUCGCCUGUGUACCUGUUUAUUUUCCCGUCUUUCCGUCCCAACAAAGAGAAGACAAUUUUGCAGUCGCUCAAAACCAUCGAUGCGGUGGGUGCCGUUUUGAAUGCGGUCCUGUUUGUUCUAUUCAUGCUCGUCCUCACCUUUGGCGGAGCUACCUGGGCUUGGGGCUCCGGACGGACCAUUGCAGCGUGGGUGGUGUGGGGGGUGUCGUCGGUUAUGUUUAUCCUCCAACAGACAUUCUUCAUCUUCACUGAUGCGGAAUCACGGCUACUCCCAUUGCACCUACUUAAAAGCAGAGCGCUAGUUCUUGUUUGUGUCGGCACUGCUACCUCAGCCACUGUUGUCGGCGUCACGAUAUACUACAUCCCGCUCUUGUUUCAGUUUACCCGUAACGAUUCUGCGCUUCAGGCUGCCGUGCGCCUCUUACCCUUCAUUGUCUUUUUCAUCUUCUUUAUUAUGGUGGCUGGUGGUUCCCUUCCUGUUGUGCGGCGCUACAAUCUCUAUUAUAUCCUCGGCGGAGCCCUUGUCGUUACCGGCGGCGCCUUGCUCUUUACUAUUACUCCCGAGACCAGCGUAGCUCGCAUCUAUGGUUACGAGAUCCUCGUGGCUGUUGGGGCUGGCAUUCCUUUUCAAAAUGGCUAUGCCAUCGCUGCCUCCAAGGUCGCCAAGCAAGACCGCGCCGCAGCAAUCGGGCUAAUUAAUGUUGCGCAGAUCGGCUUUAUGGCCAUAUCGCUUGCCAUCGCAGGUGCCCUGUUCCAGAAUCUUGGAUAUCAAUCCUUAAAGGGUGCGUUGGCGGAGUUUCACUUCCCAGAUGAUUACGUCCGGUCGGCGCUGGCUGGGAGAAUCUCGCCCAUUUACAAUUCCACUGAUUCGAAUGUAAUCGAUAUUGCCGUCCGCGCCAUUGUUGAUACUAUUCGACGAGUGUUUGGAAUGUUGAUUGGAACCGGAGCGGCGCUCCUCGUCGGCGGCUUGUUGAUGCCUUGGGAGAAAGCCGACUUUGCUGCGGAUCUUGAAGAUUAAAAAAAAGUAAGACGCGCUUAAUAAAAU